GGUUAAUUAAUGAGAUGUUUUUCUAUGAUAUCUUUAAGACUUAAAUCGUCAGAGAGACAUGCUUUGACUCUAAGCCAAACAAAAAAAAGAACCAUGCUUCAAGAUACGGUAUACACUAUAAUAAUAUUGGCAGAUGCAUACAUUAACUUAACUUGAAAGUUGUCCAUUUAUAACUCUAUAAAUAAGCUCCGUUUUGGCUCAAUUUCGCAUCUCAUUAUCAUCUUCACUAACCAACAAAGAGAAACAGAAAUCCUCUUGAAAUUAAUCAUGGCUGUUUCUGCAACUUCCAAGCUUCUACUCCUUUUAUUUCCUUUGUUAUUCACAGUGAGCGCGACAUUUGCUCGCGAUUUCUCGAUCGUUGGCUAUUCGCCCGACGAUUUAACUUGCAUUGACAAACUCAUUAACCUCUUUGAGUCAUGGAUUGAAAAGCAUGGGAAGAUCUACGAGAGCAUUGAGGAAAAGUUACAUAGGUUCGAGAUUUUUAAGGAUAAUUUGAAGCAUAUCGAUGAGAGGAAUAAAGCCGUCGCCAACUACUGGCUUGGCUUGAAUGAGUUUGCUGAUUUGAGCCAUGAAGAGUUCAAAAAGAUGUAUCUGGGAUUGAAGGUUGAUGGGUCUCCCAGAAAGAGGCAAUCAGAAGAAGAGUUUACAUACAGAGAUGUGGAGGUUAUUCCCAAAUCAGUUGAUUGGAGGAAGAAAGGAGCUGUCACACCUAUCAAGAACCAAGGAUCAUGUGGUAGUUGUUGGGCAUUCUCAACAGUGGCUGCAGUUGAGGGCAUCAACCAGAUUGUUACUGGGAAUUUAACUUCACUAUCAGAGCAAGAGCUCAUUGACUGUGACACAACUUACAACAAUGGCUGCAAUGGAGGUCUGAUGGACUACGCAUUCUCCUUCAUUGUUUCCAAUGGUGGGCUUCACAAAGAGGAAGACUACCCGUACCUAAUGGAGGAAGGCACUUGUGAUGAGAAAAGGGAUGAAUCUGAGGUAGUCCAGAUUAGCGGUUACCGCGAUGUCCCCACCAACAGUGAAGAGAAUCUUCUGAAAGCACUUGCACACCAACCCUUGAGCAUUGCCAUUGAGGCUUCUGGAAGAGACUUCCAGUUCUACAGUGGAGUAAGUUCCUCAGAUGUUAUCUCUCUGUCAUCCUAAUAAAUGAGGUUCCUGAUCAUUAUAGGUUCUCACAAAUACUUAAGAAUACAUGAGUUCAAAACUUGUUAGUUCAAACUUUUAGGUUCAAGUUGAUUUUAACUUACUAAUGACUCUAUAAUGAAAGCUCUCGAAUCAUUCCUCCUUGGUCGAACGCUUUCUUCAAGGGUGCCUAACUACUUAUUCGGGUUUUGUAGGGUGUUUUUGAUGGCCACUGUGGAACUGAACUUGACCAUGGGGUGGCAGCUGUUGGAUAUGGUUCAACUAAGGGCAUGGACUACAUCAUUGUGAAGAACUCUUGGGGUUCAAAGUGGGGAGAAAAAGGAUACAUAAGGAUGAAAAGAAAUACAGGGAAGCCAGAAGGUCUCUGCGGCAUCAACAAAAUGGCUUCUUAUCCCACCAAAGACAAAUAAUGAACCUACUCAUUUGCUGAUGCUUUCAUUUGUUGGACUAUCAUUUUCAUUUGGCUGAAUUAUACUUCUCUUUCAACCGUAUUCUUGCUUAAGGGUUAGUUGAAUGUCAAAAUAAACGUUGUUGUUGUUGUUGUUGUUGUUGUUAAUUUAUUAAGAAUUAAGCUUUUUAAUGAAGAAAAUAUCUUUUCUUUUCCUUA